CUUGUUCUUUCACCCUAGUUCCUUGACGUGCAAACUGCAGUAAAGAAGUGCGGCAGUGACAGCAGGCCUUUGCAAGACUCUUGGUGUCCCAAUAGUCCGAGACCCGUGGAUCAAUGUCCUGACAUGAAUGGUUAACUGAGGCUGUUAUGGACACAGAGCAUGCAGUCAUGGAGCAGCAGAAGGCCUGCAUAGUGAGGAACCUACUGAACAAAUUGGAGAGACAAGACAAUGAGGACAAGGAGUUUGUGAGGUUGAGAAACCAGUCAAUUAAAUACCGUGAUGACAAGACCUACACGAGCAAUUCAGCAGAAACUCAGGAAAACAUCAAGAAGAACAGAUACAAGGACAUCCUUCCAUUUGACCACAGCAGAGUGAAGCUCACGUUGACCACCUCCAAAGAUGACACUGACUACAUUAAUGCCAGUUUCAUAAAGGGAGUGACAGGCACCAAGGCUUACAUUGCUACUCAGGGUCCACUACAUCACACAGUUCUGGACUUCUUGAGGAUGCUGUGGGAGUAUGACAUAAAAGUUAUAGUAAUGGCCUGCCGAGAAUUUGAGAUGGGAAAGAAAAAAUGUGAGCGUUAUUGGCCGCAUAAGGAGGAGAAGUCAAAGGCAUGUGGGCCCUUCAUCGUGGACUGUGAUUGUGAGGAAGACAAAGGAGCCUAUCUGACGAGGACAUUAAGAUUGACAUAUGACAAUCAACACCGAACAUUGAAACAGUUGCACUAUGUUAAUUGGCCAGAUCAUGGAGUGCCAGAUUCUAUUCCCUCCAUUUUGGACUUGUUGGAGGAGAUGCGUACCUAUCAGUCCCAUGAUGACAUCCCAUUGUGCAUCCACUGCAGUGCUGGAUGUGGUCGAACGGGAGUCCUAUGCAUCAUCGAUUAUACUUGGAACCUCCUCAAGAAAGAGACAAUCACCCCAGAUUUUAAUAUAUGUGACUUGGUUCAUACCAUGAGAACCCAAAGGCCAUCUGUGGUUCAAACCAAGGAACAGUAUGAAUUAGUCUAUAGUGUCAUCAGGUUACUGUUUGAGAGAUACUUGCAAUCCAUGGAUGAACAGAGCAGCAAAAAUCAGCUGACCAGGGGAGCAUCUAUGAGGGAGCAAGAUCUUGGAAAUCAGAAGCUCCAAUGCCAACGCAUCUGUGAUGAGGAAAUGAACAACACACCACAGAAACAGAAACUGGGUCCUUCUGUUCCAGAAGGUCAUCUUAAAGAUAGAAACAAUCCGCCGGAUCAACCACAACUCCUUCACGGAGCCCUAACGUCCCGCCAAGAGGAAAUUUUACAGAAUGGGGUUCACACUGGCCAAGAAGUGGCUGCAGUGGAGAACAUAUGGCAGGGUGACGACAUUCCAUCACCCAAGCCUCCAGCUUCACCCAUUGCAGCAGCAGCCUCCAUCUGUCUGUUGGUGGAGGACCCCUACUUUGACAGCCCCCCGUUUGACAAUGCAGUAACUUUGAGAAAGCCAUGGACAGUUGGUCCAAUCUUCAGUCAUCCCUCAUCGUCUCUGAAUGACCACACACUGCAGUCUGAGUCAACUGUCACCUCUGGAGCUCAUACUGAUGUAGAUGUACCUCCGCCUCUGCCCGAACGAACCCCUGAGUCCUAUCAGCUAUUUGUUAACACAGCACUUACUCUGUCCCAAGGAAGCUGCACGGAGCCCAACGUAGAUGACUUGGACGACUCAAAUUCCUCAGAAAGGCUAACUAUCACCAUUCCACCGAGCGGGGUUGCCGAGGCUGUGCAGGGUGAACCCAGGGAAAGUCCCGUUACGCCUGCACCGUCACUUCCAGACAGAACUCCAGAAUCAUACGAGUUGGCUUCUCAUCAAGCUCCUGUUGCCAGUCAGCCAGAGGUCACACCGGCAGCAAACCUGAACAGAAUUGGCACAUCCUCAGAGUGGUCAGGUACUUCAGAGCGAGUUGCCGAUUCAUUUGAGCGAGAAACAAAGCCUUGGGCGAGAAGUAAGAGCCUGAGAGUAAAAAUGACUUUCUCAGGUUUUUCUCAUUGUAUUUCUCGUACAGAGCCACUGACUACAGCGUGGCUGUCACAUACACCUCUUGAGGCAGGAAGUGCACAAGUUGCAGAGUGCGAUGUGAACCAAAAGGCCUCGUUCGCUGAUGGUGUGAUGUCAGGAGAUAAAUCAGAAAAGAGCAAUGAGAAGGCCCCAUCCUGCAAAAAGAAAUUGUUCAGAGACAAGCAAAAAACAAAGCCAGCGACUCCGGGUCUACUGCCAUCACCUCCAAAGGGAGUUGUAACCUCAUUUUUUAAAUUUGGGUUUGGGAACAGGUUAGGGAAGCCAAAAGGACCCCGGAAUUAUCCACAAAGCUGGUUCUAAAAUAUGUUCCUCUUUCCAAGUCAAGUUCUCUCAAUAUUGACGAUUAGUUCUGUCAUUAGUGGUCACUUAGACCCACCUGAUGGACAUUUCCUGAAAUUCACUUCUCUAAGACUUCAUCUAAAAAGCAUCAGCAGAUUCCAUGUUAAUAACUUGAUGUGUUUAUGCCUCAUGACUAGUGGAUUUGUUGUUCUUUUUUCAGGGGGUCAAUGCUCCAGCAGAAAUUGAUGAGGCCCCAGUUUUAUUUUCUAUUUUACAUAUUUUCUUCAACAUCACAGGGUGGUCCACUCCCAGCACGAAAUGUCUUUCAAUACAUUUUUUGGAACGUGGACACUUUUGGUUUCAAUUUAUGAAGUGUAUUAAACCUCUUUUUGAGCACAUUAACUCA